AGAGAGAGAGAACCGGGUUCCUCAGUCUCGAAGCGGUGGGCCGGAGGGAAGGAGCUCCGUGACCCUGAAUCAAAUUCUCUGUCGCUUUACUUAUUCGUUCGUUUUUCACAAAUUUUGCUUCGAUUCUUCCGUGGCUACCCGCCACUCGUUUUCGACUAUUUAUCGAUUGUGCUCCUCUCGGAACACGCGGUUGUGCAGUGAAAGAUAGUCGACUCGCGCGCGGAGACCUUCUGUGGAGUACAUGUACCCGGGACAAGGAUCUCGACGUGGAUCGUAGGAGCAACAAACGAAUAUGCUGAUAAGAGAAUUGGCGGCCGUUUGGGUCGCCGUCCUCUUGUGCCAUCUUCAGCUAACGGAGUCUCAGGUUCCUACUACAAAUGUCUUCACCUGUCCGAACGGAUGGGAACUGAGAGGCAUACACUGUUACAAAUUCUUCAACAUCAGGCACUCCUGGGAAAAGGCGGCGGAACUAUGCAGGAGGUACGGCAGCGAAUUGAUGGUGGUGGAGUCGUACAGCGAGAACAACAUGUCCGCGAGCAUGAUCGGACGGCAUUUGGAUCGUUACUGGCUGGGUCUGGCCUCCCUCGACGAUUUACGAACCAACACGCUCGAAUCAGCGGCAGGAAUGCUCGUCUCCCAAUACGCCGGUUUCUGGGCGUCGAAGCAGCCAAAUCCUCAAUCAGGUGAAUGCGUGGACGUCGCGUUGACUGAUGACCGACAAACGUGGGAGCUUACUACGUGCGAAUCCUUGCUUCCUUUCAUGUGCCGAGCCAACGCUUGCCCAGCUGGUUCGUUUCAUUGUUCGAACGGCAAAUGCGUAAACGCGGCAUUCAAGUGCGACAAACAGGACGACUGUGGAGAUUUCUCGGACGAAAUCGAUUGUCCUACGAAUUGUCAGUUUUAUAUGGCAAGCAGCGGUGAUGUCGUGGAAAGUCCUAAUUAUCCGCACAAAUAUGCACCCCUCAGUAACUGCAAGUGGACCCUGGAGGGCCCUCAAGGCCACAACAUCCUUCUACAGUUCCAAGAAUUCGAAACGGAGAAGAGCUUCGACAUAGUGCAGAUUCUAGUGGGUGGCAGAACGGAAGAGAAGUCUGUGAACCUUGCAACCCUCUCUGGCAAACAAGAGCUGAGCAACAGGCUGUUCGUUUCAGCCUCGAACUUCAUGAUCAUUAAAUUCAGCACAGAUGCUUCCGUAGAAAGAAAAGGAUUCCGUGCUUCGUGGAAAACCGAACCGCAAACUUGUGGAGGAAUUCUUCGAGCGACCCCUCAAGGACAGGUGCUAACUUCUCCUGGAUAUCCACAGAACUAUCCUGGAGGAUUGGAAUGUCUGUACAUCCUGCAGGCUCAGCCCGGUCGUAUCAUGUCUUUGGAGAUCGAAGACCUGGAUCUCGAGAUGAACAGAGACUACAUUCUUAUCAGAGACGGAGACUCACCGAUGAGCAGACCUAUUGCUAGACUGACGGGCAAAGCGGAGGAUAACCCAACGGUGAUCAUGUCCACAGGAAGUAAUUUGUACCUGUAUUUCAAGACCAGCCUCGGUGACUCGAGGCGAGGCUUCAGCAUUCGUUAUACUCAAGGCUGCAAGGCCACUGUCAUUGCAAGAAACGGGACAGUUCAGUCGCCCUCUUUCGGCCUGAACGACUAUCCCAAUAAUCAAGAAUGUCUCUACAGAGUGAAGAACCCUCAGGGCGGACCGCUGUCCCUGAAGUUCGUCAACUUCAACGUGCACAAGACUGAUUUUGUACAGAUAUACGACGGACCAAAUACGAACGGGUUACGUUUGCACCCUGGAAACGGAUUCACGUCGAACACGAGGCCAAAGAUAACUCUGACAGCCGAGAGCGGAGAAAUGCUCGUGAGAUUCACCUCUGACGCGCUGCACAGUAGUUCUGGAUGGCAAGCAGAGUUCUCAGCAGACUGUCCACACCUUCAAUCGGGCGAGGGUGCACUGGCAUCCAGCAGGGAUACCGCUUUUGGCACAGCGGUGACAUUCUCUUGUCCCUUGGGUCAAGAGUUCGCCACUGGGAAGACGAAGAUCACCACCGAAUGUCUGCCGGGUGGAAACUGGUCCAUUACGUACAUCCCCAACUGCCAGGAAGUCUACUGUGGCCCGGUCCCCCAAAUCGACAACGGUUUCUCGAUUGGUUCCUCCAACGUUACCUACCGUGGGUUGGCUACCUAUCAGUGUUACGCAGGAUUCGCGUUUCCUUCCGGUCGUCCCACAGAAAAGAUUUCCUGCAUGGCCGAUGGACGAUGGGAGAAAAAGCCUUCUUGCUUAGCCUCCCAAUGCUCUCCACUUCCGGAAGCUCCUCACUCGAACAUAACCAUUCUGAACGGAGGCGGUCGUAGUUAUGGUACGAUAGUCCGAUUCGAGUGCGAGCCAGGCUACGUCAGAAGCGGACAUCCGGUGAUUCUUUGCAUGAGCAAUGGUACCUGGUCUGAUCAAGUGCCAACGUGUUCGCGUGCGAAAUGCCCAUUGCUGCCCACGAUCAAGAAUGGUUUCAUAGUCGACACGACCAAAGACUACUUUUAUGGAGACGAAGCCAGAGUCCAGUGCAACAGAGGCUACAAGUUAUCUGGCUCCAACAUCAUACAGUGUGGGCCUAACCAGCAAUUCGACAACGUUCCAACUUGCGAAGACAUAAACGAGUGCGCCUCCAGUCAAUGUGACCUGGCUUCCACCGAAUGCAUCAACAAUCCCGGUGCAUUCACCUGCAAAUGCAAACCUGGAUUCGCUCCAACCAUGGAAUGCAGACCUAUAGGCGAUCUUGGGCUCAUUAACGGUGGCAUCCCUGACGAGUCUAUCACCGUUUCGAGUUCUGAGAACGGGUAUACCAAAACUGGUGUGAGACUGAACAGCGGUGAUGGAUGGUGCGGCAACAAUAUCGAGCCAGGCACCAACUGGGUGAUGAUCGACAUGAAAGCCCCAACGAUCAUCCGCGGUUUCCGUACCCAGAUCGUUUCCAGAGUAGACGGCAAUAUAGCGUACACCUCGGCAGUUCGCAUCCAAUACACGGACAACUUGACAGACAUCUUCAAAGAUUACACCAAUCCUGAUGGCACUCCUGUAGAGUUCAGGAUAUUAGAGCCCACUCUGUCGGUCCUGAACCUGCCAGUCCCCAUCGAAGCUCGUUACAUACGAUUCAGGAUACAGGACUAUGUCGGUGCACCGUGCAUGAAGCUCGAAAUCAUGGGUUGCACUCGACUGGAGUGUACGGACAUCAACGAGUGUGCCACGGACAACGGUGGCUGCCAUCAGAAAUGCAUCAACAACCCUGGAAGCUACGCGUGCAUGUGCAACACGGGCUACGAACUGUACAAGGGCAACGGUACCGCUGGCUUUUACAUCGAGAAGUUUGAAACCGGCGACAGGGACGGUGAUUUGUACCAGAAGAAUAAAACUUGUGUCCCCGUCAUGUGCCCAGCUUUGUCGGCACCGGAGAACGGAAAGAUCCUGUCUACCAAGCUACAGCACCACUUUGGUGAUCUCGUGAAAUUCCAAUGCAACUUCGGUUACGUUCUAUCCGGGUCUUCAGCGGUUAUCUGCACAUCCAGCGGCGCUUGGAACGGCACAACUCCGGAAUGUCAGUACGCCAAGUGCGUGUCCCUACCGGACGACAAGAAUGAGGGCCUGUCGGUGAUCCGCAGCGACGAGGCUAGUGUCCUGGUGCCGUUCAAGCAGAACGUGACUCUGAAGUGUGGCAGUAAUGGUCGAUACUUGAGGAACACGGCCACCUCCGGAUUCCGUCAAUGCGUUUACGAUCCGAAACCAGGUCUGCCCGAUUAUUGGCUCUCAGGAUCGCAGCCGGCCUGUCCUAGAGCCGAUUGCGGCAAGCCUCUUCCUACGCCUGGUGCCGAAUAUGGCCAGUACCUGGAUACAAAGUAUCAAUCGUCCUUCUUCUUCGGGUGUCAGGAUACCUUCAAACUGGCUGGACAGACGAAUCGUCACGACAAUGUGGUCAGAUGUCAGGCAAAUGGCAUAUGGGACUUUGGAAACUUGCGGUGCGAAGGUCCAGUUUGCGAGGAUCCAGGUCGUCCCAGUGACGGUUUCCAGGUAGCUAGAAGCUACGAGCAAGGAUCCGAAGUUCAGUUCGGCUGCAGUCGACCAGGAUACAUUCUCAUCAAUCCUAGACCCAUAGUAUGCGUCCGGGAGCCAGAAUGCAAGGUGGUUAAACCUCUGGGAUUAGCUUCCGGUCGAAUCCCGGACUCUGCGAUCAACGCAACCUCCGAAAGACCCAACUACGAAGCGAAGAACGUUCGCCUGAACUCGGUGACCGGUUGGUGCGGUAAGCAGGAGGCGUUCACUUAUGUCAGCGUUGACCUGGGCCAAGUAUUCAGGGUAAAGGCGAUCCUGGUGAAGGGUGUGGUGACGAACGACGUGGUCGGAAGACCAACCGAGAUCAGAUUCUUCUACAAACAGGCUGAGAACGAGAACUACGUUGUUUAUUUCCCUAACUUCAAUCUCACGAUGAGGGACCCAGGAAAUUAUGGAGAACUGGCAAUGAUCACCUUGCCCAAAUACGUUCAAGCACGUUUCGUAAUCUUAGGAAUCGUCAGCUACAUGGAUAACGCUUGCUUGAAGUUCGAAUUGAUGGGUUGCGAAGAACCUGUCACGGAACCUCUGUUAGGUUACGAUUAUGGCUUCUCUCCUUGCGUGGACAACGAACCCCCGGUGUUCCAGAACUGUCCUCAGCAGCCGAUCGUCGUGCAGAAGGGCGCAGACGGUGGUCUGCUGCCUGUCAACUUCACAGAGCCCACGGCUAUCGAUAACAGUGGUAGUAUAGCGCGUCUUGAGGUCAAACCUCACAGCUUCAGAACCCCGUUGCGAGUGUUCGAAGACACGGUUGUGAAGUACGUAGCUUUCGAUUACGACGGGAACGUGGCCAUCUGCGAGAUCAACAUCACUGUACCUGAUGUGACGCCCCCGAAACUCAGUUGUCCGCAGAGCUACGUGAUCGAGCUAAUCGAGAAGCAGGAGAGCUACUCUGUCAACUUCAACGAGACUCGAAGACGAAUCAACGCCACGGACGUCUCCGGACCGGUGAAGAUCACGUUUGUCCCGGAAAGAGCAGUGAUUCCUAUCGGCAGUUUCGAAAACGUGACCGUUUACGCGACAGAUUCGAGCGGAAACAGGGCGUCUUGCCACUUCCAGGUGUCUGUACAAGCCACGCCGUGCGUUGACUGGGAACUAAAGACACCGGCUAACGGAGGACUAAAAUGCGUCCCUGGUGACAAGGGAAUGCAGUGUAUAGCCACUUGCAAGAACGGUUUCCGGUUCACCGACGGUGCACCGGUGAAGACGUUCAGCUGUGACGCUGCUAAACACUGGACUCCCACUUCUGUCGUUCCCGAUUGCGUCUCAGAAAAUACGCAACAGGCAAACUACCACGUAGUUGCAGCAGUGACUUAUCGCGCCAAUGGUGCCGUUUCAAGAUCGUGUCUGCCACAAUAUCAAGAUUUAAUGUCUCAGUAUUACAUGAACCUAAACAACAUCCUGACACAACGUUGUUCCGCUGUUAGCGUGAACAUGAACGUGUCGUUCGUGAGAUCUGUGCCCUACUUGCUGGAAGAAAACGUCCUGAAGAUGGAUUUCAUUCUUGUGAUCGUCCCAGCAAUACGCCAGCCUCAGUUGUACGAUCUCUGUGGUUCAACGGUGAAUUUGAUCUUCGACCUGUCUGUCCCAUCUACCAACGCAGUCAUUGAACCUUUGCUGAACGUAUCAGCCAUUGGAAAUCAAUGUCCACCUCUUCGAGCACUGAAAUCAUCUAUCACCCGAGGCUUCACGUGCAGCAUCGGUGAAGUUCUGAACAUGGAUACCAACGAUGUUCCACGAUGCCUGCACUGUCCAGCCGGUACCUUUGCGGGAGAGAAACAGAAGCAGUGUUCGGCUUGUCCCAAAGGAUUCUAUCAGAACAGCGAUCGUCAGGGCAGCUGUUUACGCUGUCCGUUUGGCACAUAUACUCGAGAAGAAGGUUCAAAGAGCAUAGAUGACUGUAUUCCAGUCUGUGGAUACGGCACCUAUUCACCCACGGGUCUGGUACCGUGUCUCGAGUGUCCUAGGAACAGCUACACCGGAGAACCACCCAUUGGUGGCUACAAGGACUGUCAGACCUGUCCAGCAGGAACUUUCACCUAUCAACCAGCUGCCCCGGGUCGCGAUCGUUGCAGAGCAAAGUGUGCUCCAGGCAUGUACUCUGACACGGGGUUGGCUCCCUGUGCUCAGUGCCCGAAGGACUUCUUCCAACCGCAACAUGGAGCUACCACUUGCAUGGAGUGUCCUACAAACAUGUACACGGAUGGUCCAGGUGCGGUUGGUCGAGAGGAAUGCAAACCAGUGCAAUGUACGGAUAGUGUCUGUCAACACGGAGGCCUGUGCGUGCCCAUGGGUCAUGGUGUACAGUGUCUGUGCCCUGCCGGGUUCUCUGGUAGACGUUGCGAAAUCGAUAUCGACGAAUGCGCCUCUCAGCCCUGCUACAAUGGAGCGACUUGCAUAGAUCUACCGCAAGGAUACAGGUGUCAAUGCGCCAAUGGAUACUCCGGAGUGAAUUGUCAGGAAGAGAAAUCGGACUGCUCGAACGACACAUGUCCGGAACGGGCUAUGUGCAAGGACGAGCCUGGAUUCAAUAACUACACGUGUCUGUGCCGAUCCGGAUAUACAGGAGUGGACUGUGAUAUCACUAUCAAUCCCUGUACCGCGAGCGGAAACCCUUGCAACAACGGUGCAACUUGCGUGGCUCUUCAACAGGGUCGCUACAAAUGCGACUGUCUACCAGGAUGGGAGGGCCAAAGUUGCGAAGUGAACACCGACGAUUGUGCAGAGAAACCCUGUCUAUUGGGAGCCAACUGCACCGAUCUAGUGGCUGACUUUACUUGCGAUUGUCCUCCAGGAUUCACCGGCAAACGGUGUCACGAGAAGAUAGACCUGUGCUCUGGCAACCCUUGCUUGAACGGAAUAUGCGUGGAUAACCUAUUUAGCCACGAAUGCAUUUGCCACCCAGGCUGGACCGGGGCGGCUUGCGAGACCAAUAUCAACGAAUGUGCUAACAAACCAUGCCGGAACAACGGCCAGUGUAUCGAUCAGGUCGAUGGAUACACUUGUACCUGCGAACCAGGUUACACUGGCAAGCAAUGCCAGCACACGAUCGACGACUGUGCAUCGGAACCGUGUCAAAAUGGAGGAACAUGCAUGGAUCAACUGGAGGGAUUCGUGUGCAAGUGCAGACCAGGAUACGUCGGACUUCAAUGCGAGGCAGAGCUGGACGAGUGUCUCAGUGACCCUUGCAGUCCAGUCGGAACUGAUCGUUGCGUCGACCUGGACAACACGUUCGUGUGUCACUGUCGCGAAGGUUACACCGGUGCUGCUUGCGAGGUGAACAUCGACGAUUGCGCGUCUGAUCCUUGCUUGAACGGUGCCACCUGUCGAGACGAAGUCGGUGGCUUCAAGUGCAUGUGUCCAGACGGCUGGACCGGAGUCCACUGUGAGGUUGAUGUUGGAAUGUGUCAGAAUCAUCCUUGUCAGAACGACGCAGCGUGCGUGGAUUUGUUUUUGGAUUACUUCUGCGUAUGUCCAUCGGGAACGGACGGAAAACAGUGCGAGACCGCGCCAGAACGUUGCAUCGGAAACCCUUGCAUGCACAACGGACGUUGUCAGGACUUCGGCUCAGGACUCAACUGCACCUGUCCCGACGAUUACACCGGAAUCGGUUGCCAGUACGAAUACGACGCUUGUCAAGCUGGCGCGUGUAAGAAUGGAGCCACUUGCAUCGACGAUGGUCCUGGAUUCACUUGUAUUUGUCCGCCAGGAUACACAGGUAAAACGUGCGAGGAUGAUAUAGUCGAUUGCAAGGAGAAUUCUUGUCCUCCAUCGGCAACGUGCAUCGACCUCACUGGUAAAUUCUUCUGUCAAUGUCCUUUCAAUCUGACCGGCGACGACUGUAGGAAAUCUAUCCAGGUGGAUUACGAUCUGUACUUCAGCGACCCAGCACGCAGCAGCGCGGCUCAAGUGAUUCCCUUCUUCACCGGAACAAGAAAGAGUUUGACGGUAGCUAUGUGGGUGCAAUACACGCAGAAAGACGAAGCUGGCAUAUUCUUCACUCUCUAUGCCGUCAGCUCGCCUCAUGUCCCAUCGAACCGCAGACUCAUGAUCCAAGCACAUAGCAGCGGUGUUCAGGUUUCCUUGUUCCACGAUCUGCAGGACGUGUAUCUACCAUUCAGAGAGUACGCUACUAUCAAUGACGGCCAAUGGCAUCACGUUGCGGUGGUUUGGAACGGCGAGAACGGCGGUGAACUCAUCUUAAUCACGGAAGGUCUGAUUGCCAGCAAAACUGAGGGAUAUGGAAGCGGCAGAUCACUGCCUGCUUAUGCCUGGGCAGUACUAGGAAAGCCACAGACCGAAAAUGCGAAGGGCUACAGCGAAUCCGGUUUCCAGGGCCACCUAACCAAAGUGCAAAUCUGGAGUCGCGCCCUACACGUGACCAACGAGAUUCAGAAACAAGUACGCGACUGUCGCACCGAACCUGUCCUCUAUCAAGGUUUGGUGUUGACUUGGACGGGUUACGACGAGACCGUUGGAGGUGUAGAACGAGUGGUACCGUCCCACUGUGGACAGAGAGUGUGCCCACCAGGAUACGGCGGCAGCAAGUGCCAACAGUUGGAGUCCGACAAGAUUCCACCGAAAGUGGAGCAUUGCCCGGGUGAUCUAUGGGUUAUUGCCAAGAACGGUUCGUCCAUCGUGACCUGGGACGAACCACGAUUCGCCGACAAUGUGGGUAUAACGAGAAUUCAAGAAAAGAACGGACAUAAAUCUGGGCAGACAUUGAUGUGGGGUAUCUACGACAUCAGUUACGUGGCUUACGACCAGGCUGGUAACUCUGCUAGCUGCAACUUCAAAGUCUACGUGCUGUCCGACUUUUGCCCGGAACUGGCUGAUCCAAUCGGAGGAACCCAACAGUGUAAAGAUUGGGGCUCUGGCGGUCAGUUCAAAGUUUGCGAAAUCUUCUGCAACGCUGGGCUCAGAUUCUCUCAGGAAGUACCGAAAUUCUAUACCUGCGGAGCGGAAGGUUUCUGGAGACCAACCAACGAUCCGUCUCUACCUUUGAUCUAUCCUGCUUGCACAAGUGCUACACCCGCUCAACGCGUAUUUAGGAUCAGAAUGAAUUUCCCAACCUCUGUACUUUGUAACGAGGCGGGACAAGGAGUGCUCAAGAAGAAGGUCCGAGAUGCUGUGAACUCGUUGAACAGGGACUGGAACUUCUGCUCUUAUUCCUUCGAAGGUACUCGCGAGUGCAAGGACUUAAACAUCGAUGUUCAAUGUGACCACCGAGUACGAACUACGAGGGAAACAAGCGAAGAGGAUGGCGGCACAUACAUAAUCUCGGCAGUAGUACCAGCAGAACCAACGAGACAGGCGCGGCAAGGCAGCGAUACCUACGAGGUGGAGAUCUCGUUCCCGGCGAUAAACGACCCGAUUCUGAACGCUAACUCGAACGAGAGAGCGACCGUUCAGCAACUGUUGGAAAAGCUGAUCUUGGAGGAAGAUCAAUUCGAUGUUCACGAUAUACUGCCGAACACUGUACCUGAUCCAGCGUCCUUGAUUCUAGAAUCUGAUUACGAUUGCCCGGUAGGACAGGUCGUUAUGGCGCCUGAUUGCGUCCCCUGUGCUGUGGGAACGUACUACGACGAAGAAACUAAGCAGUGUCUGUCCUGUCCUGUCGGAAAGUACCAAAGCGAGUCUGGUCAGCUAAAAUGUAGUUCCUGUCCCGUGAUAGCGGGUCGCCCUAGCGUGACAGUGGGGCCAGGUGCCCGAAGUGCAGCCGACUGCAAAGAACGUUGUCCAGCUGGGAAAUAUUACGACGACAUGGCUGGUCUCUGCCGAAGCUGUGGUCACGGUUUCUACCAACCGAACGAGGGUAGUUUCUCGUGCUUGUUGUGCGGUCUUGGUAAAACUACCAGGACAGCCGAAGCGGUGUCUCGCGAGGAAUGCAGAGACGAGUGCGGAUCCGGACAGCAGUUGGCCGUCGAAGGAAAGUGCGAGCCUUGUCCAAGAGGCAGUUACAGGACUCAGGGUGUUCAGGCCGCUUGCCAGGCGUGCCCGGUGGGCAGAACGACGCCUAACAUGGGCUCCGCGGCUAUCGAGGAGUGCUCUUUACCCGUGUGCGAACCAGGAACCUAUCUCAAUGGAACCUUGAACGAGUGCGUAGAAUGCAAGAAAGGAACCUAUCAGUCGGAGCCGCAACAGACCUUCUGCAUACCCUGCCCGCCUAAUACCAGCACCAAAGGAACCAAAGCUACGAGCAAAGCAGAAUGCACGAAUCCAUGCGAGACGAGCGACGCCGAGAUGCACUGCGACGCUAACGCGUACUGCUUACUGAUCCCUGAAACGAGCGACUUCAAAUGCGAGUGCAAACCUGGUUACAAUGGAACCGGAACAGAGUGUACGGACGUGUGCAUGGGAUACUGUGACAACGAAGGAGUGUGUCUGAAGGAUUCGCGAGGACAGCCGUCCUGCAGAUGUAGCGGUAGUUUCACUGGCAAACGAUGCACAGAAAAGUCUGAAUUCUUUUAUAUCACCGGUGGCAUCGCUGGUGGAGUCAUCCUUAUCAUUUUCGUCGUCCUGCUAGUAUGGAUGAUUUGCGUCAGAGCUUCGAGGAAGAAAGAACCCAAGAAGAUGUUAACUCCAGCGACCGAUCAGAACGGUUCACAAGUGAAUUUCUAUUACGGAGCGCCCACGCCGUACGCAGAGUCCAUAGCUCCGUCGCAUCACAGCACCUACGCUCAUUAUUACGACGACGAAGAGGAUGGCUGGGAAAUGCCCAACUUCUACAAUGAAACCUACAUGAAAGAGAGCCUGCACAAUGGUAAAAUGAACAGCCUCGCUCGCUCCAACGCCAGCAUUUAUGGCACAAAAGAUGACCUUUACGACAGACUGAAGCGUCACGCGUAUCCCGGCAAAAAAAGACGAUUACGAUUUUUGCAGACAAAAGCGACAGUGACAGCGAGGGCCAGUGACCCCGAAGAACGGUCAGCGUUCUACCAAUGUAGAAUCUUAAAAGAAAACCAUCGGAAGCCCUGGCACGUCAGCAACAGGGAAUAGUGCCGCGUCGACCAAUUUAUUUAUUAUUCCCAAAAGACGAAUUGUACCCAUCCGAAGGUUCGCGGAACACGGUCGAACUCGCGAAAUCUCUCGGACGAGUACGAGACAAAGCGGUGCGCGUCAAUCGACCAGAAGACGAUCGAGUCCUGGAACGGCGAUCCAUCGAUUGCACGGGAUCGUUGUUUCGGCACUCAACGGGUCGAUUACGCGAUUAUCGACGAAGAGAGCGUCGACAAGACUUACGUGUACGAGAUUGUAAUUUUUUGUAAUUUAAUACCAACUUAGGCGUUAAGAACUCUUUAUCUUCUAUCGAUUAACUCAUCCCUUCACCUCCCCCAAACUCCCGCAGGAUUAACGAGGUGCGAACGAGAGGAACAAACGUGUGCAUGUAUGUCAGUACACCUUAUACAUAAGCGGAUUUAUAUUUUGUUUGUUACUAUAGGUGAUGUAUCACAUUCGCUGUAAUAUAAAAGUGCAUUUAAACCUGAGAAACGAUCGCUCGUUCUUUCCCUAUCUUAGUAAAACGUAGGCCAAGAUGAUAGAAUGCUGAAUUUUGCCAAAGUGGGGAAAAAAGGAGCAUUCGCUCGUUUGGUCCAAAUCAGUGAUGGGCAGAUGAAAUAUAUACCCGCCGGAGAAUUUACAGAUACUGACGUGUACAGCAUUUAAUUUGCAAAUUUAGGAAUCUGGUUACGUAAUUAGAAUCGUGUACGUUAGUGCCUGUGAGUUCUUUUGCCCAUCGCUGGUCUGAACGCACCAUAAUGCCGUGUGGCGAACGGUUCAACCUCGAAUCUCGAGGAUCGUUUGUGAGCGUUGCCAAAUAUAUGGUACCAGUUUGAGGAAAAAUCAAAAUCGACAAGUUCGAUCGGAAGGGCAACACGAACGCCCACGUAAUUUGCUCACAAAGUUCUAGGAAUCGUGCCUUCCGCGCAUUCGCGCUUGCGCGAAAUUUUCGUGCAUAUGAAUCAUCCAGAGGAAUACUCGAUGAAUAUAUUAUGGGAUGUUCAUAAAAGAACGGCGAAGUUUCGUAAAUAUCUCCUUGUAUGUAUUGUUUUAUAUAUGUACUUACGACAUAUCUUAAUCAUUAUUUAUUCUCAAUAAUGAAUCUCAUUCUUUUUUUGUACAAACGUAAAUGAAAUUCCUAGAACUUUUUGGACAGUCUACGAUUAAAUUGAACCAUUGCCUACGACGCUGUUUUCCAUUUGUAUUGUAAAAACUUUAACAAACGGUUGUUUUUUUUUAUUAAUAAAAUGUAUUUCGAUAAUA